ACAGACUGGUACCAGGUUUUGUCAGAUAUUUAAGCUGUUCGCUUGAAUUUGAGAAAUAGCGAAUGCGAAUUGUUCGAGUUUUUUAAAAUUAAUGUAAUCUAUAAAUAAUUGUUACAAACAAAAUACACAUAAGAGACUCUAACCCCCCCUUAUCGAAAAGUUAAGGAAUUAUCGACAUUUUUUUAUUAAAUCGCAUUAUCGCCCUCGAGAAGAAAUAAUGAAAAUAGCGGUCGAAGGAUGCUGUCACGGAGAUUUAGAUCAAAUCUACGAAUGUAUAGAAGAAAUUGAAAAACACGAUAAUAUUAAGGUAUAAUCCUUUAUGAUAAAUUCAGAUAUAUGUAUAAUUUUAAAACAAUUAACUUGUGAACUACAUCUUAAAUUAUUAAGCUAAUCGUAUAUACAGUAGUAGUAGUUGUAUAUCUAUAUAUUGAACUCUUACUCAGGUUGAUCUUCUUAUAAUAUGUGGCGACUUUCAAGCCGUACGUAACUGGAGUGAUCUGCAUUGUAUGGCCGUUCCAAACAAAUAUAAGGAAUUAAAAACAUUCUACAAGUACUACAAUGGAGAAAAAAAAGCUCCAAUUCUAACAAUAUUCGUUGGAGGAAAUCACGAAGCUUCUAAUUAUAUGCAAGAGCUUCCUUACGGCGGAUGGGUUGCUCCGAACAUUUAUUUUAUGGGUCAGGCUAACGUUUUGAAAGUUGGAAAUCUCCGAAUUGGCGGAAUAUCUGGUAUAUUUAAACCAAACGACUUUUUUCACGGAUUACACGAAUCCGUGCCUUAUAACCAAAGCUCGCUUAGAUCAGUCUAUCAUUAUAGACAAUUGCAAUUCUUUAGAAUGAAUCAACUGAAGCCGAAAGAAAUAGAUAUAUUCAUAACGCAUGAUUGGCCAGCUGGCGUUGCUGAUCACGGCCCAUGGCAUAGUUUACUUCGACAUAAGCCUCAUUUCGCUGACGAAGUUCAUCAAGGAACUUUGGGCUCACCUCCUGCUAUGGAACUACUUAGAUAUUUAAAACCAAAAUAUUGGUUUUCUGCCCAUUUACAUACAAAAUUCUCUGCUGUAAUAGAACAUGAAGAUAAAUCAAUAACAAACUUUUUAGCUCUUGAUAAGUGUCUACCGAGAAGAAGAUUUCUACAGAUUAUGGAUGUAGAAAAUGAUUCGGACGAUUUUAGAUUACAGCUUGAUAGGGAAUGGAUAACAAUAUUACGGAACACUGACCAUUUAUUAAGCAUUCAAAGAUCUGUAAAUUACAUGCCUGGAAGGAAUUCAGAUGAAGCCUCUGAUUUCGAAGCAACUGAGGCGCAGAAAAGAGCAGUGGAAGAUGACUUUGGUGGAAACUUUUUUAUACCAGAAAACUUUGAAAUGACAGCUCCACCUUGCGAAAAUCCUAACGGAAACUUUUAUCAAAGCAAUUAUCCCACAGUAUAUUAUAACCCACAAACGGACCUAUUCUGCGAUAUGGUAGGAAUAAGGGAUCCAAUAUCAGAAAUAAAAGGAAGGAAAAGAGUUUUCAAGCAGUCAACCGAGACAAAUACGAAUGACGAUCCCGAUAAAAAUCCCGAAGAACUUGAUCUCAGUUUCUCAGACGAUGACUAA